GAAUUUCGACAAGUUCUUUAGCAACAUCAUCAAAACAACAAAAUAUAUCAAAAAAUUUCCUUUUUACAUUUCUGGACGGUCUAAUAAUAAAAAUGCGCAUAUAAUUAAAUUCGUGAAGCUCUUUUGAGUAUUUCUAGUGAUUUCUUCUUAUUCCACUCCAAAGAGACUGCCCGUGAUUUAUUCAAUUAUUCCCUGAAGGUGAAAACCUAACCUCCAAACUUUUUUUUUUGCUCUUCACAAAAAAUUCCUGAGAGAAUUCCUUUGGCAAUUAGCUUGUGGUCAGGAUGACAUCCAGAAAGAGAAGUGGGUCCGGUUCGAAGCGUCCCAAGGAGAAGGUGGUGUACAUCUAUGAGUUGAUUUUUCGUGGGGAAGAUCCAACGAAUAGCAACAGCAAUCCAGAAUUCUGGAAUGAAUUCUUCCUGCUGCAGCCAAAUGUUGAGAGUCUCGAGGCUGAGCUCCUGAAGCAGACAAAUGAGCAACUAAUGGCAAUCAGGGGGAAUAUCAAUGAACUCUUCACGCGAUGCAUAGAAAUUCUAAGUUCAGAUCAUCCAAAGAGAGUUUACAACUCCCUUCAGACACUCUGUGCACUGAUUUAUGCGAUUUUCAAGAAAUCCUCCUCAGGGACUGAAUCAGGAUUUGACAUAAUCAACACAAUGGUGGGCUUUUCGGAGGCUGAGGAGAAAAUGAAGAAGCUCGUCCAUCACUGCAAUGAAUUCCUCGUGAGUGACACCGAGGACUGUCCGAGGGAUAUGUGCUUGAAGCUUCUCCUGGUCUUGGUUACGGGAACGGACAAUGUGAGCCAGAAUGUACUGCUGGAGUACAUCAUGAUCAACAGCAUCUUUGAGUCAUUCGUACGAAUUCUCAGUGAUCCCCCUCUGAGGGCUCUCCAUGGGCAUGAUAUUGUCAUUCUGCUGACACUCCUCGUGAAUUACCGGAAGUACGAAGCCCCCAAUCCGUACAUUGUGCAACUUUCCAUCCUAGCCGAUGAAUUAGCCCUCAAUGGCUAUGGGCAGGUAAUUUCAUCAUCCCUCAUUGAAUUCUGUCGCCAGUACACGCAGAAUCUCGCUGAAGCCCAGUCAUCGUCAUGGUUUUCCUCGCUGUCCAACAUUGUGGGCAAUAUGUUUGUGUCGGACGAAGGCUGUGAUAAGGUGCAACAAAUCCGUGCAAACAAUGCCCUUCUUCUGGCCCUCUAUGAGGCCGUUCACCUCAACAGGAACUUCAUUCCUACCCUAGCGCACAGUCAGGCGGAAUCAUCGGCCCCCCCGUCACCCAGCAACACCCUGAACGCUAGUCAACCCGUUCCUGAUCUCGCCACAGCACCCAUCAUUGAUGUUACCCAAUUACCCACAAAUCUCCUCGUGGCUGUCUUUCAGUACUGCUCAAUUGUGAUGCAGGACCACAAGAAUGAGUCAUCAACGAUCAACUUGAAGCUCUGCUUCCUCAUCCUCACGUGCAUUUCUGAGGAUCAGUAUGCCAAUUCCAUGAUGCACGAUGUCAAUCUCACGUUCAAAGUUCUCAUUCAUCGUGCUCAGAUGCGGCACAGAAAACUACCCGGAGAGAGGAUUUCCAAGUCGCAGCCACUCGCUGCUACACUUUUAGAUCUCUUGGUUGAGUUCAUUGUGUCGCAUUUGAUGAAGAAAUUCCCAAUGGAGCUGUAUCUCCUCUGCGUUGGGAUUAUCCAUCGGGUCCUGUGCUACCAGAAGCGCUGCCGCGUGAGAUUGGUGUAUCCGUGGAAGGAACUUUGGGCAGCACUAAUUGGUUUGCUGAAAUUCCUCGUGGGACAGGAACAAAAUCUCGUGAAGAAGUGCAAUAUCUUCCAUCUCGCCAUUCAAAUUGUGAACAUUUUCAAUCUCUUCAUCACAUACGGCGAUACCUUUCUUGCCACGACAAAUAGCUACGAUGAGCUGUACUACGAGCUGAAUAGAGAGGAGAAAGUCUUCAGUGAAAUUCACGCAAUGGUUUUGAGGUACACCACAAUACCUGAUUGCGAGUACAAAGAUGAUGUGCUGAAGUUGCUUCAGUCUCUCGUGAAUAUUCUUGCGAUAAUCAAGCAUUUCCAGAUUAAGAUCAAGGAAUGGCUUGAUUUGCAGAAUAUCUCAACACCGAGUGAGGAUCAAAUCCUCGAGGUUGUGCGCAAAAAUUACGAUUUGACGCUUAAACUGCAGGAUUCGCUUGAUCAGUACGAGAGGUAUGCUGAAAAGCCUAAACAUGCUGCCUUCUUCACGUCAAUGGUACGUGAGGUGGUCACGGAUACGCGAAAAAAUAUUUACUACGCUAUCAAAGAGGCCCAUGCGGCACCACAAGCAAACUACUACUUAACCCCACAGUAGGGAGCUAUACUGUUGCUGCUGUUUUACAUCCUCCUUUUAUUCUGCUCCUUCCUUUUUCCAUUAUUCCAAACAAUAUUUGUACAGAAAUGUAGAGACAGAGCCUUUAUAAAUGAGUGCGUUUUCAUUCAAAA